AUGUUGGCACGAGUACACACCCUUGACGUGCCGAUUACUAAGGAGCCAGAAGUGAUGACCUGCGCUCGCGGUUGGGUGACUAAAUUCCGUCAAACCGCUGGAGGAUCUCGACCAAUCAAACUGUACUGCACGGCCGCUCGUGUACCUCGUGAAUCGUAUCCUUCAUCAAUCACCUGUGAUGAGCUCGAGCAAGAGCUGCAAUUUGUCGAGGACUUUUUAGUGAAGAGUAAAAGCCCCGUGGUGUUCUCUCAUAAUGACCUUCAGGAAGGAAACAUUUUACUCUGCGAUGAAUGUAAACUCAAUGAUGACGGCUGCAUAAAGCGUCCAAAUGAUGGCAAUCAUGAAGCGGAUCCUUUGGUUUUCAUCGAUUUCGAAUACUGUAGCUACAAUUAC